ACUCACUGCAAAUUUCCAUCUUCUGGUUCUUCUCUCUGGAAAUCAUUUCUUCAAUCCCUUCUUCUUCAGAUUAGAUAUGGAAAACGACACUGUAGGUGGAGAACAUGAAGCCGUGAAGACGAUACGAUCAAUGCUUGGCGCCCAACUCGGUCCCCAACUAUCGGAAUCGGACGUUCUUGGAGCCCUUACUCGGUGCGGCAACGAUGCAUUGGCGGCCGUCAAGUUCCUCCUCGACAGCCCUGGCCUUUCUUCCCCUCCAGCGACGGUUAAGCGGACGGUUACCAGCACCGGAGCUAGGGUUUCGGCGCCGAUCAAGCAAGACAAGGACGACGGAGGGUUGGAAGAUGUUGACAAGGAUGAUGAGGUGAAGCCAAAAAAUAUCGUCAGCGUGAAGGAAGAGCCUGAUUUGGGGGUUAAGGGCUCAGAUUGUGUCCAAAAAUCGAUUAUCCCAGGACGAGUUAGAAUGUCGUAUGAUGAGUUUCUUCGGGCUACGAAUAAUGUAGUCAUGGCUGAUGGCGAAUAUCUCAGGGCCCAGAUGAUAGACCGACGAGGACAAGCUACGCCAGUUUCUGGGUUGAAAGGGGAUUUGAAGGGGAAGGAAGAAAUUGAUGUGGAUAUUGAGGAAGCAGUGUCUGUAAAAAGAGUCAAGGAUUCAGGGGAUUUGGAAUCCUCUGAACCUCUGAUUAGGCGGGGCAUGACCUUUAAUGACCGUCCUCGCUUGACAUGGAAGCCUGAUGGCUCAGAAGCAAAAUCAGGAGAAACCAUAUCAGUUUCUGCGUUGAAAGGGGAUUUGAAGGGGAAGGAGGAAAUUGAUGUGGAUAUUGAGGAAGCAGUGUCUGUAAAAAGAGUCGAGGAAUCAGGGGAUUUGGAAUCCUCUGAACCUCUGUUUAGGCGGAGCAUGACCUUUAAUGACCGUCCUCGCUUGACAUGGAAGCCUGAUGGCUCAGAAGCAAAAUCAGGAGAAACCAUAUCAGUUUCUGGGUUGAAAGGGGAUUUGAAGGGGAAGCAGGAAAUUGAUGUGGAUAUUGAGGAAAAACUGCCUCUACAAAUGGAAGUAGAGGAUUCAGGGAAGCCUGAUGACUCAGAAGCAAAAUCAAGUCCUGGGACUAAGGCUGAGAUCAGAAUUGAGGAUAAGUCUAUUGUGGUUUUUCAGAAUGAGCCCUCUCUGGAAGAGGGAACUGGGGCUAAUUACGAGAGUCCGACGAGACCCUCAUAUUUGAAUUUGAAGAAAGGAAGAGUUGGAGGAAGGGAGCUAAGUGCACUUGUGAUUGAAGAUGGGGACUUUCCAAAGGAAUUGGAUUGGUUGUUGGUGGAAAGGACGGUGAUUACUGGGAUUUCUACUACAAGGGGAAGGAAAUUGGAGAACAAUGAGAUAGUUCAUUUCACUUUUCCUAGUGCAGAAUCAAGAAGGCGCAGUUCACAUUGGAUGAGUGCAAAGGCAGCCGCAGCAGUAGCUGAGAUUGUUCGCUUUUCUACCAAACGAUAUGGAGAGAUUGGGCGGCUUCCAAUGGAGUGGGCAAAAUGCCUUAUUCCUCUUGUGAAUUCUUCAAAGGUGAAAGUUCUUGGUCGAUGCAUUGCUGCACCAUUAAAUCUUCAUUUGAUGCAAGAUAUAAUGUUAUAUGUCAGCUUUUACAUACAUCGUUCAGUUUUAACAGAGGGUGUCAAGUCAUCGUGGAAGCUGGAUUCUCCGUCAAACAUAGACUCCACAAUUCAUCCUCUCCUUACUCUGUUCAAAUUAUUAAAAAUUAAACCGUUUCAGAAGGCUGAGUUCACCCCAGAGGAACUUGAUUCUCGGAAACGGUCAUUGAAUCUGGAAGCUGACUCAGAUGAUGCUGAAGCCAUGUUGCCUAUAGUGAAACGAAGAAAGGGCUCCCAGCAGUGUGUGGAACAGAACAAAGAUGAGCAAGCCAUCUCAGAAUCAUCUUUGAACAAGAUUGUUGGUGCUGCAGAUGUUUAUAACUUACAGGAGAUAGAGGCCCCAGAGACACUCAUGUGUGACUUAAGGCCGUACCAGAAACAGGCUCUCUACUGGAUGUCAGAAUCAGAGAAGGGAGUUGAUGUUGAGGAAGCAGCAAAGACUCUUCAUCCGUGCUGGGCAGCAUAUCGAAUAUGUGAUGAGAGGUGUUCUGCAAUUUAUGUGAACAUUUUUUCUGGCGAAGCAACUACACAAUUUCCGACUGCAAUGAUGAUGGCAAGAGGAGGGAUUUUGGCGGAUGCAAUGGGGCUUGGGAAAACUGUCAUGACUAUUGCGUUGAUACUUGCAAGACCAGGCCGAGGGAGCCUUGAUAAUCAAAAACUUGUCUUGGGAGCCACAGACAAUAAGGAAUCAAAAGAGAAAGAAGAUUCUGAUAACGUUCAACCAAAAGUAAAAGGCAACACCCUCAUUAUUUGUCCCAUGGCCCUGCUAAGUCAGUGGAGGGACGAGCAUGAAACUCAUUCAAAGCCAGGAACUAUCUCAAUUUUUGUUCAUUAUGGUGGGGACAGAGCCAAUGAUCCCAAGGUGAUGGCACAACACGAUGUCGUGUUGACAACUUAUGGUGUACUAACUGCAGCCUAUAAGACUGAUGGAGAAAAUAGCAUUUUCCACAAAGUUGAGUGGUACAGGGUGGUUCUAGACGAAGCGCAUAUUAUCAAAUCCUCAAGGACCCUAGGUGCUCAGGCUGCCUUUACGUUGUCCUCUCACUGCCGUUGGUGUCUUAGCGGUACACCUAUUCAGAAUAACUUGGAAGACCUUUACAGCCUCUUAUGUUUCUUGCAUGUUGAGCCAUGGUGCAACUGGGCAUGGUGGUCAAAGUUGAUCCAGAGACCCUAUGAGAAUGGUGAUCAGAGAGGGCUAAAAUUGAUUAAAGCUAUUCUGAGGCCAUUAAUGCUGAGGAGAACAAAGGAAACAAAGGACAAAGAGGGAAGGCCUAUACUGCUUCUUCCACCAACCGACGUUCAAGUCAUUGAAUGUGAACAAUCAGAAGCUGAACAUGAUUUUUAUAAUGCCCUCUUCAAGAGAUCUAAAGUCCAGUUUGAUCAGUUCGUUGCCCAAGGCAAAGUGCUUCAUAACUAUGCAAAUAUUCUUGAGUUACUACUUAGACUAAGGCAAUGCUGCAACCACCCAUUUCUUGUUAUGAGCCGAAAUACACAAGAGUAUGCAGACUUGAACAAGCUUGCAAGAAGGUUUCUUGAAUCCAAUAUUGAUUCUGCCACUCUAAACGAUAGAGUCCCAAGUCGAGCAUACGUUGAAGAAGUAGUGGAGGGUAUCCGGAAGGGUGACAACACAGAAUGCCCAAUAUGUCUGGAGUCUGCAGAUGAUCCUGUGUUCACCCCUUGUGCACAUAGGAUGUGCAGGGAAUGCCUUCUUUCGAGCUGGCGAACCCCAUCAGCAGGGCUCUGCCCAAUAUGCAGGCAACUGCUGAAGCAUAGUGAUCUCAUUACCUGCCCGUCUGAGAGCAAGUUCCGUGUUGAUGUUGAGAAGAAUUGGAACGAGUCCUCUAAAGUCUCCAAGCUCUUAGAGUUCCUGGAAAAGAUCCGUAGGUCUGGUUCAGGAGAGAAGAGCAUCGUUUUUAGCCAGUGGACUUCAUUCUUGGAUUUGCUAGAGAUACCACUGAGGAGGAGGAGAAUUGGGUUCUUGAGGUUUGAUGGAAAAUUGGUACAGAAACAUAGGGAGAGGGUUCUGAAGGAGUUCAAUGAGACCAGUGAGAAAAUGGUGCUACUAAUGUCACUGAAAGCAGGAGGUGUGGGCUUAAAUCUGACUGCAGCUUCGAAUGUGUUUCUUAUGGAUCCUUGGUGGAAUCCAGCGGUAGAAGAACAAGCAAUAAUGCGAAUUCAUCGGAUAGGUCAAAAACGAACUGUUCGUGUGAAAAGAUUCAUUGUCAAGGACACGGUGGAGGAAAGAAUGCAACAAGUUCAAACAAGGAAGCAGCGGAUGAUAGCCGGAGCCCUGACCGACGAGGAAGUCCGGUCAGCGAGGAUUGAAGAGCUCAAAAUGCUUUUUAGAUAAUUGUUUGUUUGUUCCAUUCUCUUUUUGAUGCUGUAAAUAGUGUACCCUUGACACUAAUUUAGGCAUAUUCACCCACAUUUGUGCCUUAAGGGGGGCUUUUUGGUUUGACCUGACCACCCGCCACCAGCAACCCGCCCCAAUUUUGUAAAUUUCGUAGCCAUGAAAUGGGAAUCGUCUUCGAACUGCCCAAUUUUGUGAAGUUAUUUCUA